AUUCGUCGUACCAAAAGAAAACCCCGUGCCUCGUCUGAAACAUGUUGUCUGGGAAUAUGCGAAAUGAGAAAUAUGGCUUCCGAAUGAUUCUUGGGCUGAUUUUAUCUCCGAUAUAAAACUAACAUCAUCAAUAACUAUACAGUGGCAAUCGUGACGACAACCCUUCAAAUGUAACAAGUUACGAGAAUACGUUUUAUCCACAUCCAUUGGCCUUUCAAAGCUUGAUCGUAAUAAUCAAUUAGGAGUUUUCACUUCACGACGCACGACGAAUUCAAGAACACACAAAAUGUAUUGUCAAAUGCCCUUUAUGACUAAGAUCAACCAAGAAGUCUUUGUCGAAAAAUGGUGAAUCGAAACACCAAUUUCCUCCUGGACUCUGAACAAACAACACAUUUGCAAUUAUUCGUAAGCUCCAAACGUUAGGACGAAACUGCUGUUCUGGUACACUAAUUUUCGACAAAACGACCCAGCUGUUCAUUGUCAUUUGACGGGCCUUUUUAAUACAUUUACAGUGUUCUUUAAUCCGUCAUGCGUCGCGGGGAGAAAACUCCCUGUUAUCACGUAUCACAUUAGACUCAACAUUUUUUAAGAAAUGACUAGCGAAAAAUCUAACUUAUGUAUUAAUUGGUAGAAUUUGAUAUUAAUUAAUGAUAAUACUAUGAACAUAAUAUUUAGAAGUCAACUUUGUGUAUUAUGUCUCGUCGACAUGAGCGCCGACUUUCGGCAUAAUCGUCCAGCCCAAUGGCCGAGACCUGAGGUGAAAGGGGGUGGGGAAAACCCCAACCUAAUCAAGGUUAAAGCCUAUUUAUCAUUUGAUAAUGCUGAAAAUGAAUCUCAAAUUUAUAUGUUUUUUUCUCUCACUGCAACCUUAUCAAUAAUCUGCUUCUGUUUAUUAUUUAUAUUAAUGGAAGAAAAACUUUUAGGAAUAGUGAUACAAAUGGGAACGAAAAUAAGCAACGUUUCAUAACUACUCUAGUUUUUUCACGGUACACUAUCAACAAUGUUGUGUUUGUUAGGCCAGUUGAUAAGAAGUAUAUUCAAAUAGACCGAUAGUCAAUUACACAACCAAACUCAAAUGACAUAAUAACCCCCAUCAGAAUUUGAGCAUCAAUACAAGCUGCUUCAUCUACGAGAAGACAUCUAGUGUCUUUCUUGCCAUAUGCGGACGUAAAAUUAAGUUCUAUCUCAAAAUGGCUGUUCUGAAAUUACUGGCCAUCGUCGCGAUGGUCCUCGGUUGCCUGUGUACUACCAUGGGAGAUGAUCCCGAGUUUGUGUACCCUAACGACUGGAAUGAUCCAAACCGAGAUGCCUUUCUUUACGGCACCUUUCCGGAUGAUUUCAUAUUCAGUUCGGCAACAUCCGCCUACCAGAUUGAAGGAGGUUGGAAUGCCAAUGGAAAGGGAGAAAGCAUCUGGGAUAACUUUACUCACGAAGGAGGGCAUGUUAAUCACAAUGAUAAUGGCGAUAUAGCUUGUGACAGUUACAACAACUACAAGGAAGAUGUUGCUUUAAUGGCUGCCAUGGGUUUGAAAUAUUACCGGUUUUCAAUUGCUUGGUCUCGAAUCCUUCCUCAAGGCACCAUCAACAACAUCAAUGAGGCAGGUAUAAACUAUUAUCAGAACCUGAUCGACGAGUUGGCUAUGAAUGGUAUCAAGCCAAUGAUCACCCUCUACCACUGGGACCUUCCGCAAGCUCUGCAAGACGUCGGUGGUUGGGACAACCCUGGCAUCGUGCAACACUUCAAGAACUAUGCCGAGCUCUGCUUUCAAAGAUUCGGGGAUCGAGUCCCUCUGUGGAUCACAUUCAAUGAACCUUGGAUUGUGUCUCUGUUUGGGUAUGGUACAGGAGCAUUUGCCCCAGGACUUUCAGAGAUCGCAUACACUCCGUACAGAGUCACUCAUAACAUCAUCAAGUCCCAUGCUGCAGCUUACCAUGCCUACAACGACAUCUACAAACCUUUCCAGAAUGGACAAGUAGGUAUCACGUUGAACUCUGAUUGGUCAGAGCCAUGGGACAGGAAUAACCAGACCAGUCUUGAUGCAUCCGAUCGAGCUCUUCAGUUCAACCUUGGUUGGUUUGCCCAUCCAAUCUUCAAAGGUGACUACCCUGAGAUUAUGAAGACCAAGAUCGCCAAGAAGAGCGCUGCCCAGGGAUUGAAUGAAUCCCGAUUACCUGCAUUCACUCAAGAGGAGAUUGACUACAUCAAAGGCACUGGUGACUUCUUUGGCAUCAAUACCUACACGACCAACCAAGUAGUGGCUAACGUAGAAGACCUAUCUAACCCUCCCAGCUACUGGAAAGAUUCUGACAUCAUUACUUGGCAAGAAGGUUUCUGGCCUGGCUCUGGGUCUAGCUGGUUGAGGAUAGUUCCAUGGGGUAUCCGCAGGCUCAUUAAGUGGAUUGAUGAUGAAUAUAAUGUACCUAUCUACGUCACAGAGAAUGGCGUCUCGACAGGAGACAAGUAUGAGAUUAACGACGUCAUUAGACAGAAAUAUUACCGAGCAUACAUCAAUGAGGUUUUAAAAGCUAUUGUUCUGGAUGGUUCAAAUGUCAAAGGGUACACCGCAUGGUCAUUAAUGGAUAAUUUCGAAUGGGCAGCUGGAUACAACGAACGAUUUGGUCUCCAUUUUGUCGACUUCACCGUCCCCGAGCGAACCCGAAUACCAAAAGUAUCUGUUAGCGUCAUAUCGGAAAUCAUCAAGAACAAUGGCUUCGUCAAAAGUAGCGACGACGGGAACAAUGCCCAUCCUGUGACGUCAUACGGUCUUGCCUUCACGUGUCUCAUUGUUCUCGCGUCCUACAUUUUAAGUAUUUAAUUUUAGUGCAUUAUUCAUGUUAAACACACCUAUUUAAAUUAUGAAGUUUUUUUUUAAAUAUAAUAUGUUAUACUAUUUUUGUUCCCUUUCGGUAGUGGGGGUAUCCACAUUAUACAAGCAAUGCUUUUCAGUGCAUAAAACCUCACAUAAGUGGAAGCGUCGCGGUGAAAUGGUGAUGACUACCGUCUGUCUUGUAAUCAAAAGGUUGUGUUUUCGAAUCCCACGGCUGCCUCCCGUCCUUUGGCAGUUUGGCAAGGAGUCAGUGUUGAAUGGAAACCCAACAUAGUGUGCCAUAGUGUGCCAAAAUUUAGAAACUCUUAUUUUCAUUAAGAAUAUGAGGUAAAGACUGUAAUUUCUAUUAGAUUUGAACCUAUAAGACUUCGUAUUUGAAUAAUGUGUAUUCUUUUAGAAACAGAUCCCAUUCAUUAAUAAUUCAUGUUUGGACAACGAGCCUAUCGAGUCUAAUCAAACAGAGAUUGGUUUAUUUACCAUGUUUAUGUAAAAAUGGCACAUGUUGUACGUUAAUGCAAAUUCAUGUUUCCAUCACUUCAAGCAAGGGCUUGUCUCCAGCCCCCCUUACAACCCCUUAGGUCUAACUUUUCGCCCUCUUAUGUUUUUUUUUUAUAAAUCCACAUUCGUUUUACCUAUGAUCCUCACGCUCAUAUUGAAAUAAAUAAAGAUAAAUACGAGGUUACAUUAAUUUGUCCAUUACUAUGUUUAUUACAAUAUUACAUAAAAUUUCAAAUAUCAAUCAUACUUAUUAAAUGUAAACAACAUAUUUGUCAGGUUCGUACACUGAAAGUAAAUUUUGUCCGUUAUUAUUAAAGAUGAAAGAAGUGAAUAAAACAAAACCUAAAAGAAAACGAAACUAGAGUAUAUGCAUAUGCUAGUAGUCAGAUGGUCUUUUUGCAAGAUAAUUCUGAAUAAUUGUUCUGUCAUUCGCCCCCCCCAAAAAAAAAAAAACAAUGAUUACUACAUAAAGGUACGUUCUGGGAGCGUUUCAUUAAAGGACUUGUCGGAUGAUUUCCCCGACAAGUUCUGUUUUAUCCGACAGUUACCAUAGUAACAAUAAUAAUAAUAAUAAUAAUAUAGGGUAUUUAUAUUGCGCACAUAUCCACCUUGUUAGGUGCUCAAGGCGCUCCUAUAUUACCCGGCUAAGCUAGGCGUUCAUAGCGCACACAGCUUUUUAAGGAAUUACUUCCUACCGGUACCCAUUUACCUCACCUGGGUUGAGUGCAGCACACUGUGGAUCAGUUUCUUGCUGAAGGAAAUUACGCAUCUCAAUGCAUCUCAUCCAAUCAAAAUCAAAUCCAAGGAAAGUCGGUAGAUCUGACAACUUGUCGGAUGAAAUAUGUUGAUGAAAUAUGUUGAUGAAAUGCUCCUCUGCUCGAGACACUAAUGUUCUGAAAUGGUGAAAACAUUCACCUGGGCCCGUUGCAGAAAGAGUUGCAAUCAAUCGAAACUCUAAAAAUCAUGCACAACUUGAUUUUCAACCAAUCAACAGCGCGCAUUUGGAACUUGCGAUUGAUUUUUUGACUUGCGUUUAAAAACGCAACUCUUUCUGCAACGGACCCCAGGGCCUGAUAAUAAGCGUAUGCUGAAAUAUUUUGCAAUCGUCCAAACGAUCAGAAAUUGAUUUUUCUUCACAGUCACAGUUUUGUUUGAGGAUUCUCAUUAACGACAGGGUUGGCGAUCCAGGGUGAUAGGGGACGGUCCUCUUUAAAUUUCAUUUGGGGACCGUCCCUCCAGAAAUUUGAAAGCUGACGAAAAAAAUGUAAUUAAUGAAUUGCUGCCAAUGCAUCACAUCAAGAUCCUCCUAUUUUUCAAAACAAGCAAUUAAAAGUAAAAAAGAGAGGAAAAGUAAAACAUGUAAACACAAUUAGCUUGUAUUGACAUAUAAAAAAGAAGACUUAUAAAAAUGACCAGAAAAUGUUUAAUUUCAUUUUCUUGAAACAAGACAGUUUUAUAAAAUUUUCCUUUGAUUUCUGGUGGGUUUUUCAUAAAGCUGUUCGUAAGUUAAGAGCAACUUUAAGAACGACUGGUGAACAUCUCUUACACGCGAAGUAAUCACCAAUGAACAUAUCAUUUACCACAAGAAAGGAUCACCAGUCGCUCUUAACUUACGAACAGCUUUAUGAAACGGCCCUAAGAUUUUCUUUUUUAUUCUUAAUGAUGAAAGAGAACAAAAUUGUAUACCAACCGAUAUACUUUCUUCAUAGAAGAAAACAAGGAAAAUUAGUCAUUAAAAUAUGGGAUUAUGAA